GGUGAAAUUGGAAACAAAUAUUUAUGUACAAAUAUUUAUGUCUCAAAAUAUGCAUGUAGAGACUAAAUAAUCGUCUCUUAAAAGUCUUUAGAGACUAAAAUAUUAGGGGUCGUUUGGAAGUUGCGUAUCUUAAAUCGUUGUAUUGUUAUGAAUCACUAUGAUAUAAUGCAUGCAUUGAUACAAUAGAUGCAUUUUGAAAUUACAUUGUUUGAUUGUUGAGAUUAUAAUUUAUGAAUUGAUUGUUAUAAAGUUACUUUAUAAGGAAAUGUCAUAUUUGUCCUCCACUUUUAAUAUAAAACAAAAAGAACUAUGGACAUAAUUGGAAAAAGUAAAUGUGCUCAAUUAUUAAACCAACAAUCUCAACUUUUAGUUGAGAUUGUACAAUCCAUCAUUUUUGUUGAUUGUUGGUGGGACCCACACAAAACAAUACAUGCAUUGUUUUGCAACUUGACACUUCCAAACGUUGUAUUGUGGACAAUGCAUGUAUUUAACAAAUACAAUGCUAACAAUCACAACUUCCAAACGACCCCUUAGUUGUAGUUUUCAGAAUCAGUAACAAAUCAUAUUUAUCUCUAUAUCUGUCUCUAUAAGACUACUGCAACACCUCUAGAGGAGACAAAUGUAGUAUUUGCAUCUAGAGAAGUAUAGAGACAAAUGAGUAUUCAACACGGACACAUUUUCAUUGUCUCUGUAGUCCAUUUUUCUUAUAGUGGGAGCAUCAAGUUGAUAGUGUGAGUUGCAUAAGAGCUCCAAAAAAACAUGUGAUCAUUUCUCCAAUAAGAGUUCCUUUGCUACCAUAUUAUUGGAAGCAUUGUCAGUCACAACUUAGACGACAUGUUUUGCACCCAACUUCUCAAUUGUUUUGUACACUAGGUUGAAGAUGACUUCACUUAUGUUUGACACAUUCGUUGUAUCAUUUGACUUAUUCCCUCAGCAUAAUGUGUGACCAUGUUCAUUAUGUUCUCCACUUCAUGUAUGUCCAUACAUCGGUAAAAAAGUAAUUAUUCAUCAGCUUCUCAUCAUCACAAUCAUUUAGUAAACUUUUGUUGUUGAAGUGCGGCAACUAAAGACAACUUAGGAUCAAUUGUACGUUCUCACUUAUUUAUUGGCCCUAACUUGUGAGGUUUUGAGCUACCAACACUAGUAAUUUCUUCAUCUCGUUGUCUAAAGAAAACAAUCACAUCAUCUCUCUUAAACCUUGCUCUCACGAGCAACCUUCUCUCUCUCUAAAUGUUUUCUCAAAGGCCUUCAAGCAUGAUUUUGUAGCUUCUUGUAGGGACUCUUGCAUGUAAACAUCAAACUUGCAUUUUAAGCAAUGUGUUGCUUAAAACGAAAUAUACCUUCGGUACUCUUAUGGCCACAAAAUUUGCACCGCAUUUUGUCUUUAUUGUUAGGAUCCACCAUUCUUCCAUAUUGCCAACCUACAUCACUAAACUUCCCUCUUAAAAGCGUUGUCAUUCUCUUCAUUUGUCACUCCGUUGAACCACUUGCAUCAUCCAUUGUAGAGAGAUAAUAUGAUAUAGAAAAAGGUAAUAAUCAAAUUGAAGGACUAACAACAACUAAUUAUCAUUCACCAAAGGAAAUUUUAAUUCACUGUGAAUGUUAGUGGUGAAAUUUAGUAGAUCAACUGUUAACUUAAUUGAUAAUUCACUACGAAGAAACACUUGGCCAUGUCACUGUAAAUAGGCUCAACAAAUGCUAGAGAACAUAAUCCAUUUUUCAUGUAUCACGAGGAGAUAGAUUGAAGCUAAUUGUUACCCUUUUCUAGAAGAGUCUCUUCCAUCUCCGUUUUUCACCCUCGACGAGUGCCAUUUUAUACAGAGAGAAAGAACCACACAGGCGAGAGACAAACACCAACAAAAAAGACAGAUGCAACAAAAAACAUAGAGAGGAAGAAGAAAUAGAGAGUCAUUGAAUAUGUUGUGAGACACAAAAAGGUUUGUUAUAGCAUUAAGGGGCCCAAAGCAUAUCUAAGGAUACCCUAGAAUUUGGAGAAAAUAAUAUUGAUCCCCCAAUAGUAGUUUAGAGUCUAGAAAAAAGAAAAAAUAUAUUGUUCUUAUAAUUCAAGUUGGUGGCACUAUUAUUAUUAAUGAACAUGUUUACCAUUAGACAAUAGUUCAUUUAUUUUAAUAAUUCAAACAUAAAUACACUUAUAAUCUAAAAUAAAAGUCCAAUUAUACUCCAAUUCCACAAAUUUUUCUUAAAUCCUAAAAUCCAAAGUUUAAUUGGAUCCCUUUAUGUAUAAGAAGGAAACGAAGCAAGAGUUUCAACCUUCACUUCUCUCCUUUUUCGUUAAUCUUUUGUAGAAAUCCUUCCUCCAAAAUCCAUCUCCACUUCCUCAAGAAACCACUUUAAUUGGAUAACCUUAAUGAAUUAGUUCAGGUGAUGGUGAAAACCAAAGUGAAUCUAUCAUAUCCUUGGGUCAAUUUGCUUCUCAAACUUGUAUUGGUUUUGCGCUUGCAACUGCAAACAUCAAAAGAGUUUUCAACUUUAAGUUACAUAGAAAACAAGCUUAAUAAUCGAAUAGGCUACUAGUUCACGAAUAAUUAGCCAGUUGAUGGUGGAGACCAAGGUGAAUCUAUCAUAUCCAUGGGUCUAUUUGUUUCUCAAACUUGUAUUGAUCAUACUGGUUGCAACUGCAAAUGUUGAAAGAGAUUUUCAGCUUUGGGUUACAUCAAGAACAAACUUUAAAAUCGAAUAGGCGAUCAAUUCGUGAAUAAUCAACUCAUUUGAUAGUGGAGACUAAAGUGAAACUAUCCUAUCUAUGAGUCUAUUUACUUCUCAAACUUGCAUUGGUUUUACCGAUUCCAACUACAAGUGUUGAAAGAGCUUUUUCACCAUUGGGUUACAUCAAGAACAAGCUUCAUAAUCGAAUAUGCGAGCAGUUCGUGAAUAAUUUUCUAAUACGAUAUAUUGAAAUACGAUAAUAUAUAUAUAAAAUGACGUCAUAAUAUUUUGGCAAAAUACACUUGUAUAGCCAUAACUUUCACAUUUAUGACAAAUAUAGCCAUAACUAUCCGAAAACACAAAAUAACCAAUUUCGUCCAUCUUGUUAACAAUGUAAAUUAAUGGUAUGACUGGACUAACAGAAUACGCUGAGUUGACGAUUGAUUUACCCCACCAAUACACGUGGAUUAAAAAAACACACAAAAAACAAAAUUUCUAUUCUGGGUUGCUCGCUAUUUCUUCACAGACUUCUCUUCUUCUGAAAGCUUCGCUGGUUUCCUCCCCCAACAAAAGGCGUGGACUUUCCUCUCCUAAAUUUCACUUUCCGUAGUCAAAAUGGUGGUGUUAGCGGCUAGAAUAAAUCCAUCCUUCCUAUUCCGCUAAACCAUCCAGAUCUCUGCUUCCUUUUCUAGGUUAAAGGUUUCUUCUCGCGCUCUGUUCUCUUGGAUCGCUUUCAGCUUCUGGUUUCACGAGACUCGUCGUCGGGGGUUUCUUCUGGUUUGUUCGGCGGGUGGACUGUGAAUUAGUGUUGGUGUUACUCUGCUCUCUCUCCGGUAGUGGUAGGAAUUUUGAUGCGGAAGCUCUCCAAUUGGUCUUUGAAAGUAAGUACUGGCUAGGUUUUGUUUUGGGUUUGUUUCAGUGAUGGAUAAGGACAAAUAUUUGUCAUUCCCUUUCUUCAGCUUCCGAGAACCCAAUUUCCAAACGCUCCUCAAACUAGAGAGCUGCCAAGAAGGUGUAAGCCCCGAGAACUUUCGUUGGGCAACGACGAACCGUCAAACCAUCAGAUCCUAGCUGCGCUUCUCUUCUUCCCUGGAAACGCAAUCGACUUCGUAAAGGAUCUAGAGCAGACCCAUAAGAUCCCAGUUGCGAGAGAGCUGCCUAGAAGGUGUAAGCCCUGAGAACUUCUGCCGGGCAACGACGUAUGGUUAACCCAUCAGAUCCCAGUUGCGCUUCUCUUCUUCCCUGGAAGCGCAAUCAAUUUCGUGAAGGAUCUGGAGCAGACACAUCAGAUCCUAGUUGUGCUUCUCUUUUUUAGGAUAGCAGUAUCAACAACGACGUCGGUGGAGACAUCUAAGGCCAACCCAGCGUCUUUGUUUAUUGAGAUUACAAAUUCGUCGGUUUUGAGCAAGGUUCUGGUUGGAUUUGGUCGUCGGAAGAGACGCCUUUACAUCUCGAUAAAAGAGGGGAAGGAGACACCUUUUCCUCUCCUUUUUUAUUAUUUAUUUUUAAAUUAAUUAAUUUAUUUAUUAACUAAUUUAUUAUAAAUUAAAAUAUGACAUGACACUUACGAGGCAAGUGUGGUUGAGUACUAGCUGACAUGUGUGAUGAUUUGGCAUUCUAGUCAGCCUAACAUUAACCUAACUGACAGAGUUUCUAACACCGUUAAAGUUUCUAACGGAAAUGGCUAGAUUUAUCACACAACCAUCCAAUUUUUGGUUGUUUUGUGUUUUCCAAUAGUCAGACUAUAUUUGUCGCAAACGUGAAAGUUAUGAUUAUACAAGUGUAUUUUAUUAGUAACUUGUACUGGUUGGAUAUUUAAAUAUUCAAGUUUAUUUUAUUUUAAAUGUUGGAAAAACAUACCCCUCAUUUAAAAUUCCCGUAUCGGCUGAUAGAUAUUUUUAGUUAACGAAAAACAGUAGAAGCCCUCCGCGAACUCAAGUGACAUCUCUUCGCCCCCAUCGGAAGUCACCACCUCGAUCGAAGUUUGAGUUUCAACCGGUGCAGUCUCCGCUGCCGUGGCGGCCUGCUCAGCCAUCGUGACUCGAAGACGCCGUUGCUUCUUCUUCCGCCAUUGAUUUCGAGAAAGAAAUGCAAAAAGAAAAAGAUUUCGAGAGGGAAAAAGGAAAGGUUAUUGGUUUGUCAAAAUUUGGUGGGGGUUUCCGGGUGGAGGUUGAGAAUUCCUCUCAAAUGACGGUUUCCGCCGAAGCAAACAGCGCCUGCUCGUUCGAUGAUCUCGCCUCUCCGUCACUUCCGUCGAUGAAGAAGAAGCAGAAUCUCCCUGGAAUUCCAGAUCUAGAAGCGGGAGUAAUUGCACUAUCGCCGAAGGCCUUGAUGGCGACGAACCGAUUCGUGUGCGAGAUAUGCAACUAAGGCUUUCAGCGGGACCAGAACCUGCAGUCCACCGGCGAGGCCACAACUUGCCGUGGCGUCACCAAGACUAUUGAUUGGUGCCCUCGUGGCCUCUAGUUGUUUGCUGCCAACGCCAUCGUGCGUCGCCGACCAUGGCUUUCCCUCCAACCAUCAAAUUCUUUUCUGGUGCAUUCUGCCUUUUUGUAGGGAUUUCACAAGAGUAGCGAUCUAGAUUUCAAUAGCGAGCAUAGUUCCGGCUGAAGGCAAGUCCUUCUGGCGUCACCAAGACUAUUGAUUGAACGGAGGUUUCAUUUUCUUGUGGUUACAUUGGUUAGACCAAUGGCAAAGGUGCCGAUACAACGACACACGGGCUGGCAAUUUGGCUAACGUAUAGGAACGAUGAUUCCGUUCUACUCUUUGGACUUCCAAUUCCGGCGUCCAACUUCCGGUGGCAGUUACAAAUUCGGAGCCUUCAAUCCUAGAUGCAGAACGCUUUGGACGGUUACAAAUACAUGGCGGUUACAAUUACAACGGUCACAACUCUAAAAGCGGUUCCUAACCACAUUUAAGUUAAAACUUUUAAUUCUUUACCCAAAAUAUAUUUAAUUAUACACUUGUGUUUGAUAUUUUUGCUCCGUGUUGCAUUGCAGGUUUUGCAUUUGGCAUAUUUCGGCUUAAAGAAGGUGCUUCAAGAAGUUUGCCGAAGAAGACUUCUUUUGCAUUUAUUCGUUUUUUAUGUUUCUAGUCAUACAAACAGGGCUGCCCAUUGCGUGGCGAAAACGACUCUUGCAUCGAAAAAUCAGCGCUCGGCUGAUUACCGUUAUUUACUUUUCACCACUUUUUAAUUCCCUAUCUAUUAACUAUCUAUCUCAGUAAAAAAAAAAGAUAUUUUUAGUUAAUUUCAUUAAAAAAUGUAAGAUAUUUCU